AGCGUGGGUCUCACAGGAACGGCGUGGACGCGUUCGCCAUGUCGCCUCGUCUCCGCUGUCUGCUCUUCUACUUCCUGCUGCUGGGCCCGGCGGCGGCCCGGGUCCGACACCCACUUCCUGUCCUGUGGAUGAGGCCCGCGGGUCAGGGGGGCGGGGUCAACGGCACCGUCCAGCAGGCCCUGCGGGACCUGAAGAAGCAAGCCCCGCCUCUGGGAAACUACGAGCUUCAACUCCACGCCGUGGACUCGCAGUGUGACGCGUCGGCCGACCUCAAAGCUUUGUUCGAUGCCAUGUGGGCGGGGCCUGAGUAUCGCUUGCUGUUUGGAGGGGCGUGUCCUGCUGUCACACCGCUAUUGGCUCGUGCUCUGCCGGCGCUCAGGAUGGUGCAGGUAACUUUUUCAGCACCCGGAAGGAAGUGGUACAGGAACACAUUCAGCACGGCGCCGUCUCGCCGGGCGGUCAAUCGGGCCGCCGUCAAGCUUCUGCAGCGCUACAGGUGGACGCGUGUCGGCAUCAUCGCGCAGGAAGCGUCCUCGGAGAUGGCGGAGGAUCUGAGCAGACAGCUGAUGAAGGCCCGCCUUGAGCUGGUUUCCAUGGCGACGCUCCACCACAAUGCCUGCACCGGCUUGAUGGACAUGAAGGAACGCGACGUGCACGUCUUCAUCGUCCUCGCGCCUUCUGAUGAAGACUCUGUCUCUCAGGUUUUCUGCUGUGCCUCCAGACUGAAGCUGUCAGCUUCAGGACAUCAGUGGGUUGUCGUAGGAGGAGGAGACCCAGGAUGGAGGUCCGGGUCGCGGGUGUCAGUCUGCACGUGGAAUGAGGUGAUGGCGGUGGCAGACGGCGCCAUCUGGCUGCAGAUGACAGGUGUUGUGGACACACCAAGACUUCCUGGAAGGACACCCCAAGAGGUACUCCACCUCCAGCAGAGGGCAAAGGUCAACCCACUCCACGCCUUCGCCUACGACGCCGUGUGGGUGGCGGCCCUCGCUCUGAGCGAGGCGACGGAGGCGGUGAAGCGGCGAGAGAAACACGCCAGCGUCGGCGAGGAGGAAGUGAUGAGGGCGCUACACGACGCCGUCAAGCGUAUCCGCUUCGAUGGCGUGACGGGUUCAGUUUCCUUCCGAGAUGGCGACCGAGUGACGUCCAUCACAGUCCUUCAGUCUCAAGGCGAAGACCUCGUGAUGGUGGGAGAGUUCCUCGGCGACGCGCAGCACCUGCAACUGGCUGAGCAUCUCCUAAAGUUCAAAGACCCCACUCCCAUGCACGAGGAGCCACGUCACGCCAACGUCCUUCUCAGAAUGGUGGCAGCGGUCGCCGUGGUAACCGCCGCUCUUUCUUUGACCGCCCUGUGCAUCAUCACCUUCAAGCGCCACGUGACCGCUACCCACGAUGCACUGCUGCUGCUGGCCGUCCUUCUCUCCGCCUCCUCCGUCGUGGCCGCUUGCCCUCAUGACAACUCUCUACCCCGAUCCACGCUCAACCUUCUCUGCUCGGUCCGUUUAUGGCUUUUGUCGUUGGGUCAAACUCUGGGCUUCUCUGCAGUCUUCACCCCAACAUGGCGCCAUUUCUCGCCAGGAGGUGUUGUGCUACCGCCGUGCUACGUGGCGUCCAUUUUGGCUCUGCUGGACGUCUUUGUUUUGACCACCUGGCAAAUAGUAGACCCUCUCAGGCGGGUGGUGAUGCGGCCCAGGCCGCAGGGUGACCCCGCCCCCCUGGACGUCGUCUCGUGGUCGCCCUCUGAUGGCUGCAGCAGCAACAACAUGGAGGAGUGGACCACCUUCAUCUAUGCUUACAAAGCAGCGCUGCUGGGUGUGGGAUGUUUCGUGGCGUGGAACAUCAGGAGGCGCAGCACGGGCUUGGCGUUCAGUAUGUCGGCGGUGGCGGCGGUCAGCGUGGCGGGGGCCUGCGCUUGGCCGCUGCUCGCCCACAAUCCUUCACUUCACUUCUGCGUGACCAGCGUUCUGGUCCUCGCCUGCGACCUCCUGGUCCUCGCCGUUAUGUUCAGGGUCCGCAUCGGCCAGCUGCACGGCGGAGGGGGCGGGGCCACAAAGGGAGGAGCUACAAGGGACGAGGCUGCAGAGGGGCUCAACCGACGGCUGAAACAGGAAAGGGCUGAGCUGGAUGCUCGCAUUGACACACUCUGCCACGCUUUGGAGGCGGAGCUUGCUCAGAGCGCCACAGGCAGUAGCGGCUGUUCGCCACUUAAAUCCUGCGUCCGUGACGACAGUGUCCCGGCGGCGGAGGCCGGGUCAGAGGUCAUGGAGAAUCCAGCCGACGUCAACGCUCCUGACCUCGUGCGGCGCCGUCUGUCCGUCCAGCUGCCCAUCCUCCAUCACUCCUACCUGCCUGUCAUUGGCGGCGUCAGCGCCAGUAGCUCCGCCCACUUUGGAAGCAGGGACACGCUCAACGCCACUUCCGGGAAGCCGCAGGUCUGACGACAUCUUUGUCUUGACUCGUUUCUUCUGAUUUCAAGAUGGAUUAUUCAUCAACAUGUAAUUAAAAAAAACUCCUCCACUAGAGGGCGCUUUGAAUGGUUGCUAUGGUGGAAGUGAACCUAAGCCAGGGCCUGUCAAAUAGUGGGGAGGGCCCUCAUAUGACACAUAUAGAUUAAAGAAAUUAACAUUAUCAGGGGGGGGCGUGAAACAUUUCUACUCAACAAGGAAAAGUACCUUCCAUAUGAGGAGGUGUGAACAAGUUACGACAUAAACCAUGGUCCCAAUUUGGAAAACCAUUGCAUCUAAUAGAGAAUGUCUCAUUUGCUCCCCCUGGUGGUUAAAUCUAUCAAAAUUAGGGGGGAUUUUUCAAAUUGAGUGUGCCGGUUUUUAAAGUGCUCCCAACAUAUCAAUCAAUUAAAUCACGAGUGUCUCAAAGGGCUGUACAAGCCAUAACGACGUCCUCUGCUCAGAUCCCACAUCAGGGCAAGAAAAAAACUCACCCCAAUGGCUUGACAAUGAGAAACCUUGGAGAGGACCGCAGAUGUGGGGACGUCGAGUGGAUCUAGCAUAAUAUUGUGAGAGUCCAGUCCACAAUGGAUCUAACAUAAUAGUGUGAGAGUCCAGUCCAUAGUGGAUCUAACAUAAUGGUGUGAGAGUCCAGUCCAUAGUGGAUCUAACAUAAUGGUGUCAGAGUCCAGUCCAUAGUGGAUCUAACAUGAUGGUGUGAGAGUCCAGUCCAUAGUGGAUCUAACAUGAUGGUGUGAGAGUCCAGUCCAUAGUGGAUCUAACAUGAUGGUGUCAGAGUCCAGUCCAUAGUGGAUCUAACAUGAUGGUGUGAGAGUCCAGUCCAUAGUGGAUCUAACAUAAUGGUGUGAGAGUCCAGUCCAUAGUGGAUCUAAAAUAAUGGUGUGAGAGUCCAGUCCAUAGUGGAUCUAACAUAAUGGUGUGAGAGUCCAGUCCAUAGUGGAUCUAACAUAAUGGUGUGAGAGUCCAGUCCAUAGUGGAUCUAACAUAAUGGUGUGAGAGUCCAGUCCAUAGUGGAUCUAACAUAAUGGUGUGAGAGUCCAGUCCAUAGUGGAUCUAACAUAAUAGUGUGAGAGUCCAGUCCAUAAUGGAUUUAACAUAAUAGUGUGACUCCAGUCCAUAGAGGAUCAAACAUAAUGGUGUGAGAGUCCAGUCCAUAGUGGAUCUAACAUAAUAUUGUGAGAGUCCAGUCCAUAGUGGAUCUAACAUAAUAGUGUGAGAGUCCAGUCCAUUGUGGAUCUAACAUAAUAGUGUGAGAGUCCAGUCCAUUGUGGAUCUAACAUAAUAGUGUGAGAGUCCAGUCCAUAGUGGAUCUAACAUAAUAGUGUGAGAGUCCAGUCCAUUGUGGAUCUAACAUAGUGUGAGAGUCCAGUCCAUUGUGGAUCUAACAUAAUAGUGUGAGAGUCCAGUCCAUAGUGGAUCUAACAUAAUAUUGUGAGAGUCCAGUCCAUAAUGGAUCCAAAAUAAUAGUGAGAGUCCAGUCCAUAAUGGAUCUAACAAAAUGGUGUGAGAGUCCAGUCCAUCGUGGAUCUAACAUAAUGGUGUGAGAGUCCAGUCCAUAGUUGAUCUAACAUAAUGGUGUGAGUCCAGUCCACAGUGGAUCUAACAUAAUAAUGUGAGAGUCCACUCCACAGUGGAUCUAACAUAAUGGUGUGAGAGUCCAGUCCACAGUGGAUCUAACAUAAUAUUGUGAGAGUCCAGUCCAUAAUGGAUCCAAAAUAAUAGUGAGAGUCCAGUCCAUAAUGGAUCUAACAAAAUGGUGUGAGAGUCCAGUCCAUCGUGGAUCUAACAAAAUGGUGUGAGAGUCCAGUCCAUUGUGGAUCUAACAUAAUAGUGUGAGAGUCCAGUCCAUAGUGGAUCUAACAUAAUAUUGUGAGAGUCCAGUCCAUAAUGGAUCCAAAAUAAUAGUGAGAGUCCAGUCCAUAAUGGAUCUAACAUAAUGGUGUGAGUCCAGUCCACAGUGGAUCUAACAUAAUAGUGUGAGAGUCCAGUCCAUAGUGGAUCUAACAUAAUGGUGUGAGAGUCCAGUCCAUAGAGGAUCCAACAUAAUAGUGUGAGUCCAGUCCAUGGUGGAUCUAACACAAUAGUGUGAGACUCCAGUUAGACUGUGUAGUAUUUUAUACGUAAGUAGUAAAACUUUAAAGUCACAUCUUAAGUGCACAGGAAGCCAGUGCAGCUGAGCCAGUAUAGACUAGACUCAGACUUCCUUUUUAUUGUCAUAUAAAUUUGAACUUUACAGUACAAAUUAGAACACAAUUCCGUCGCAUUAGCUCUUGGUAGUGCAGGAUAAAAAAAAGCAAUAAGGUGCAGAUAUAAAUAAAUAGAUUACUGUACAGAUAAACACAUUUCACUUUUUCAUAUGCAUCCAUGUUUAUGGAUGUAUGUUAUAUUGUCUUUUUUAUUCCAGCGAGUUAAUACAUUUUGGGGGGAGUUGAGGGGAUGAUUUAAUUAUGAUGCGUUCAAGGCGUAAUAUGAUCAAACUUUCUUGCUUUUUGUUGAAAUAAGUGUGUGGAAAAAUUUUAGGUGCUCCUCCUCUGACCAACAUAUGUAAUAACAAGUGUUCUUGCAUGUGCCCCCUUUGGGCAAAAUUAAUAAAAAUAAAUAUAUAUACAUAGAGACAAACUGUAACAACUUGAAAUAAGUAAUGAAGAUUAAAAACAAAUUACAAACCACAAAUUCUAAACAUUUUUCCAAAUUAAAAGCAGUCUUUUUCUCACAAUGUGUUGACUUUUUUCUUAUAAAAUUGAUAAGUUUUUUAUAUUUGUUUCUGUAAUAUUGCAAUGUUUUCUCGUAAAAUUACUACUUUUAAUGCAAAAUGGUGACAUUUGUCAUAUAAAAUUCUGACUUUUAUCAAUAUAUUGCAGAUUUUUUUUGUUGUUCUUGUAAUAUGGUGACAUUUUUUAAGUAAAAUCAUGACUUUUGUCAUAAUUUUGCCAAGUAAAAUUCCGAUUAUUAUAAUAAUAUUGCCAAAAUGUUAGUUUUCUUAGAGAAUGGUGACUUCUGUCGAGCAAAAGUACGACUCUUUUCAUAAAAUUGCCAGAAUUUUAAGCUUUUCUUGUAAAAUUCCAACUUUUAUCAUAAUAUUGCACAAAUGUUCAGUUUUUCUUGUGAAAUUCCAACUCAUUUUUCACAACAAGCUUUUUUCUAUUUGCAUAGUAAGUAUUAGGGCUGCGAAUCUUUGGGUGUCCCACGAUACGAUUCAAUAUCGAUUCUUGGGGUCAUGAUUCGAUAAUAUAUCGAUUUUUUCGAUCCGAUUCUCGAUUCAAAAGGAUUCUGUAUUCAUUCAAUACAUAGGACUUCAGCAGGAUCUACCCCAGUCUGCUGACAUGCUAGCAGAGUAAUAGAUUUAAAAAAAAAAAAAAAAGGUUUUAUAAUUGUAAAUAAAGGACAAUGUUUUAUCAACUGAUUGCAAUAAUGAAAAUUUUUUUUAACUAUUAAACGAACCAAAAAUAUGACUUACUUUUUUCUUUGUGAAAAUAUUGGACACAGUGUGUUGUCAAGCUUAUGAGAUGCGAUGCAAGUGUAAGCCACUGUGACAUUAUUGUUCUUUUUUUUUUAAUUUUUAUAAAUGUCUAAUGAUAAUGUCAAUGAGGGAUUUUUAAUCACUGCUAUGCUGAAAUUAUAACUAAUAUUGAUACUGUUGUUGAUAAUAUUCAUUUUUGUUUCACUACUUUUGGUUUGUUCUGUGUCGUGUUUGUGUCUCCUCUCAAUUGCUCGGUUUAUUGCGUUCUGAGUGUUGCUGGGUCAGGUUUGGUUUUGGAAUUGGAUUGCAUUGUUAUGGUAUUGAUAUGUAGUGGUUUGUUGGAUUGAUAAAAAAAAAUUAAAAAUUGAUUUUUUAAAAAUGAGAAUCGAUUCUGAAUCGCACAACGUAUUCGAUUCGAUUCUAAAUUGAUUUUCCC